AUGGGUCCAGUCAUGCCUCCCAGUAAGAAGCCAGAGGGCUCAGGAAUUAGUGUUCCCAGCGGAUUGAGCCAACGUUACCAAGAUGGCGAUUUAUCAAAGGCGCUUCACGAUGACGAGGACCUAGACUUCUCUUUGCCUGCCAUCAGAUUAGAUAAAGGGGCCAUGGAAGAUGAAGAACUAACUAAUUUGAACUGGUUACAUGAGAGCAAGAAUUUGCUGAAAAGUUUUGGAGACUCAGUGUUAAGGAGCGUUAGCCCCAUUCAGGACAUUGGUGGUGACACGCCGCCGUCUCCUGCCCACUCUGACAUGCCCUACGAUGCCAAGCAGAACCCCAACUGCAAACCUCCUUAUUCCUUUAGCUGCCUCAUAUUUAUGGCCAUCGAGGACUCGCCAACCAAAAGACUGCCUGUAAAGGAUAUAUACAACUGGAUCUUGGAACACUUCCCGUAUUUUGCAAAUGCGCCCACUGGAUGGAAAAAUUCUGUGAGACAUAAUCUGUCCUUAAAUAAGUGUUUUAAGAAAGUGGACAAAGACAGAAGUCAG